AGAUGUUUGUCUAUAUCAUCAAAUUUUAGACACUUGUACUGCUAAAUAUGAACUGGUUUCUAUAUUGCACUUGGGUUUCCUUUUGCAGGGUUGACCUUUGCCAUCAGGCAUAUGAUGAUGAUGACUAUGAAGGAAGUUUUUGUGACAACCCUUUGCUGGAGAACACUUCAAAUGAAUCAAAUUUAGCAAGCAUAGAUAGCCAUAGAAAGUGCUUUCCUUUUCGGUUUGCUCGUGUUGGAAAUCGGAAAAAGAUUGUGAUUUUGGUUACUUUGCUAGUUUUCAUCAUCGUGGUUGCUUUUGUUGUAGUAAUCUGGAUUGGGCUAGGAAAGAAUCCCAUUGAUUCUGAAGUGGCAGCUCAGCCCACUCAAAAAUGCAUCAGCUUCUUCAUCAACAAGUCAUCGAUGACAUGCGCGUGUCUUCCCUGCAACGACAAUUACCAAACAUCACCAUUAAAAGAAAUUACAUGGAACCCGCGACCUUUCUUCAACAGUACACGAACCAGUUAA